AGAAGAAGAAGAAAGAGGGCGGAAGUAGAUCCGCUGGUUUCGUUUCCGACUGACCUCUUUAGCUUCUCCUGUUAGCAUCGUUUAAUAAUCUUUAUGUCUAAUGAUGAAAGUGGACGUUAAUAACUCAUCUUUUUUUAUUCUGUUUGUUAGAAUAUAAGUUAAACUCAAGUCUUAAACACAGAAGUAUAAACUAGCUGCUGUUAAAUUAGUACAGUUUUAAUUUCACUCCUUCGGUUUCGGGCUCUUCCUCUAAACAGGACCAUUCCACUGAGUUCGGACCCACAAACAUCAGAAUUUAUUAUCAUAUUAUCACAAACUAUCUCUGCUCAUCUGGCGGGGUUUUAUCUGGAGCUCCAUUGGAUGUUCAGUGAGGUAAGUUCAGUCUGUUUUAAACUGGGUUUUGAUGAUUGAUCAGAGUAUUGAUCCGAUUAUUGAUUCUGUGAAAGAAAAAAAAUCUACAUGAAAUUAAAACCUGAAUUUAUAAACAGUAAAUGAAUUAAACUGAAUAUAUAUGUGAUCUUUUACUUCUUAAGCAUCACUUAAUAAUCUUUUAAUAAUGAUCAGAGCCUCAGUGGGGCCCUGAGCAAAAACUGAUGACACACUGCUGCUGCUGUUGUUUGUUUGUUUGUUUUCCCUUCUUUUUGUUUUUGUUUCAUCUUUUUCCCCCUCCCCCAUAUUUUAUCCUUUUCUUGUCAUUUUCUACCUUAUUUGAAUUAAAAUGAUGUAUGUUUCUUUGUAAAUUCUGAGAAUAAAAUAAAAUCUGAUUAUUAAAUAAAAUAAGGGUAAAACAAAAAACAUUUUAAAGAAACAAAAUAGAAUAGAAAAAUGACAAAAAUGAAAAGAAUAAACAUCCAUUAUCAGAGUAGUUCUUGAAAACAUUGCAUUUUAAUUCUUGUUGAUUUGUUCGUCUUUUUAAAGUCGUAUUAGAAUAAAAGGUUAAAAUCUGAAACGGAUCAUUUUUGACGUACUUUAAACUUCGGAGGAUUACGAAUCACUGGAUGGUGUUUUUGUGUCAGUUUGAGCGACUCUCUCUCUUUUAAAGUCUUUUUUUGUGAAAGUAAAUCCUUGGCUUUAUAGAUUUUGUCAUUUUAAUCUGAUUUACGUCUGAUUUCUAACUAAGUUUGUUUUCUACUUUGACCCUGAGGAGUUUAAAGAUCUUUCACAGAGGGUGUCGUUCUCUCAUCCAAACCUGUAAAUGAUCUUUGUUGUUUUUCUUCGUCUCUGUCAGGAAUCGACUCUUCAGCCCCAUGUCUGCUGAGGCUUCAGUUGGCAGUCAUGCCGCUGACUCCGCCCAGCCCGCCGACUCCCAGCAUGCCUUUCCUGACACCGUCGAGCUCAGAAAUCGAGGUCUUCUGGGGAGCAAGUACGUCAAAUUAAACGUGGGCGGCUCGCUGCAUUACACAACCGUCCAGACGUUAAGUAAGGAGGAUAGUCUGCUGAGGAGCAUCUGCAAUGGAAGUACGGAGGUGACCAUCGACUCAGAGGGUGAGUGUCAGACUGUGUGUGAGUCCUGAGGGUCUGUGUUGACCCUCCUGAAGCUCCUCCUCGUUGUUACUGUGUUUGUUCUUGUUAGAUGUUGAGUUCAAACUUCAUUCACUCUAAACAGAAAACUCUCUCUGCUCUCUCAGGUUGGGUUGUUUUGGACCGGUCUGGUCGACAUUUUGGACUGGUUCUGAACUUCCUGCGAGACGGGUCGGUACCUCUUCCAGAAGACCACCGAGAAUUGGAUGAAGUCCUCAAGGAGGCCCAGUACUACCGGGUCCAGGGACUGGUCCAGCACUGCCUCAGUGCCAUGCAGGUAAACUGAAGAGGGAGUUUUUAAUAGAAAUAGAGUUUAUAGAUAUUUGAGGUUUUGAGUUGUUGCCACAACACCAAAUAAAAAACAGACCUUAUAUGUGGUUCAGUCGAAGCUCAGACAUAAAAACAGUUUCAGUUAUUUUCAGCUGAAGUGACUUUUUUUUAACCUUCAGAAACAGAAAGACGUCUUUGAAAGUGUUUGUCGCAUCCCCAUGAUCACCUCGGCCAAAGAAGAACAGAAGAUGAUCGCCACUUGUAGAAAGGUAAAUCAUAGUUUCUCCUCAGAGCUGAUCAUGUACGCGCCGUUUUCAUCUCAACAUUGAACUCUUAAAGGAAUCUGAAGAUUGUGUUUUUUUUAAAUAUUUAUUUGUAUAAAGAUUUUCCUCUCAUGUGACAGAAGGACUGACGUUUGUCUCUGCUCUUGUCUUCACAGCCGGUAGUGAAGCUGCAGAACAACAGAGGGAACAACAAAUACUCUUACACCAGGUAAAACUCAGAGGAGGAGGAAAAACUAAAUACCUCUAAAAUCCAUCAGAGUUUGUUUCUCUUCCUCCGAUGAUGUUGAGUGUUCGUGAAUCUUUGCCGUCAGUCACCGCUCCUCUUUGUCUCUCUGUGUGAUCAGCAACUCUGACGACAACCUGCUGAAGAACAUCGAACUGUUCGACAAACUCGUGCUGCGGUUUAACGGUCGGGUCCUCUUCGUCAAAGACGUGCUGGGCGAUGAGAUCUGCUGCUGGUCUUUCUACGGCGAAGGACGCAAGAUCGCCGAAGUUUGCUGCACUUCCAUCGUCUACGCCACCGAGAAGAAGCAGACCAAAGUAAGCAUGACCCCCGUGUGAACUCAAGACCCUGAGAGCAGUCGUCCUUAAGAUGUAACCUGAGACCACCAUGAUCUCCUCACUGACAUCCAAGUUAGUCGCUUUGCACUCUGGGUGCUGGAUAAUCAUGUGACCAAAGAACGCUGCGCACACACACACACACACACACACACACAGUCAGAGCAGCUGAUGGUGUAAAUAAACGUGAUGUUGAAGUUGAAUUUUGACGUCGUUGUUUCCAGGUGGAGUUUCCUGAGGCCCGGAUCUUUGAAGAAACCCUCAACAUCCUCAUUUAUGAGAACAACCGAGGAUCUGGUCCAGGAGGCUUACACCUGUUAGACUCCAGAGGCUCCGGGUCGUCACUGGGAGCCGGCCAAUCAGAGGAGGAGGGCGCUGUGGGAGGCGACAGGCGAGUGAGAAGAAUCCAUGUGAGGAGGCACAUAAUGCAUGAUGAGCGAGGGCACGGCCAGCAGACUGUUUACAAGGACUAAUGAUGAGAGAAGAUGGAGGAGGAGGAGGAGGGACUUCACGUACGUUUGAGAUUUUUCAACUUUGGUUUGGAUGAAAGAGACGUCUGCGAUCGUCGUUUUUGUUUUUAGACGUCAGUGCAGAGAUGAGAGAGUCGAUGAGUGAAGAGGAAACAAGGCCUCUGUUUACAAGUCAGCGUGUCGUCGUCGUCUAGGUAACCGAAAUAGGAAACAUGCAAAGCUACCUGGGAAAUGAAACUGGCAGAAGUUUGACUUUAACCUUCAGCAGGUUACUGAUGUGAUGUAAACUCCUCCCCCAAAGGUCGUUUGUAUGAAGUGCACUGGUGCCCUCCUCCGUGUCUGACAGGUAGAAGAAACAAAAACACUGAGGUCUGGAGGAAGGUCAGGGUCAGCUGCACUGGAGUAAAAGUGAGCGGAGGAUGUUGUUGUUGUUGUUGUCGAGCAGCUGAAUUCUCUUUAAUUUAAAUUAUUUCUGCUUCAAGAUGUUUUUUAUUCAUUAAUUUAUGAACCUAAUUUAUUGUUUGGUAUUUAACGUAUUGUUUGUAAUUCUUGUGUAAAGCGGUCCUUCAGUGAGUUUGACGUUUCAGAUGAUGAUGAUGAUGAUGAUGAUGAUGAUGAUGAUGAUGAUGAUGAUGCACUCUAAAGCACACCUCACCUUUGAGUUUUUACCUGCAGACGAAGUGAAGUUUCAUGUUUUCAAGAGGAACUGUGAGCAUUUCUGUAACGUCGUGUUUUAUUCUGAGCCAUCUCCUGAUUCUGCUUCGUGUCUUAAAACCAAAACUUUGAUUUCUGUUCAGAAGACUCGGCCGUACCCCGAUUACAGAGGCAGACGUGUGUUUGUAUUUCCCUCAGGGAGAGGAGGAGGAGGAGGAGGAGUGUUUCUGUCUAAUAUUUAAUACCGUCCAAUGAAACCUAAUCGCCCUGAAUGAGGUCAGGAUUCCUCUGACAGCAUUCUUAAUAAAACCACCUUAAUCUCCUUUGUAUGCACUAAUGUACGAGCCGUCCUCUAAUGCUCAUGGGAAAAUUCUGAAUAAAUCACCUGUGCAAUCCCGCU